UCAGCCCUGACAGGUGGUACAGGCCAGGUGAGAGGACAACUGUUCCAAUCCGCGUGCGUCGUGCGCGCCCUCAUUACGCGCGGCCUCAUUACGCGCGCCCUCCGGUGCGCCGCCGCCUGCAGGUGAGGGCCCGGGACCCCGCCCACAAGGCCAACUCCUGUCAGCCGGGAAGUGCAGCCUGUCAGUCGGCAGCAGAGCACCGAGGAGCAGGAGGCAGCAGCAGCGACCAGCAGGAUCCGGAGUUGCAGAGAAACGGAGAGGACGUCACUGCGUCUGUGGAGAAACUGCAGCAGCUGAUAGACGACAACGUUCUCGCCGUGCCGCCGCCCGUCACCCAGGACCGACAGGUGUGUGAGGAGGAGGAGCCCGGGAGAGAAGGACUGUGGAGGUUCGCCGUCUGGAGCGACGAGCUGACGUUUGACCUCCGGCAGCUGCAGAAGCGAACGGAGCGGGAGCUCAGCGACAUACACACACAACUCUCUCAGUUGGAAGGCCGUCGGCAGCUUCUGAGCGCCGAGCUCCUCGAUCUCCACGAGAAGAAGAAGCAGAUCGAACGAGAGCUGAGGAGAAGCUCCCGCCUGCAGACGUCCACUGUUCAUUUGUGCGCCGGUCACGAGCUCCGGGCCUCCAUCACCCAGCGUCUGGUCCAGUCGGAGGCGCUGCUGUUCCAGGAGGAGGCACUGAGCGCGCUCCGCGACCUGCUGACCCAGGACCUGCAGCGGUACAGGGAGGAGACGGCGAGACUGAGCGGCUUCACGCGGAAAAUCCUCCGACAGUCCCACAGGUCAGACGGAGAGGAAACCUUCAGCGACAGACGGAGCGACCACAGCAUGCAAGGAAAGAACGAGACGGAGCCAGGCAACAACAUGCGUACGCCCGAGUCCUCGUCCUCCCACUCAAACGCAGAAGAGGCCUGGAGAGCCAGUCAUAAGAAACCAGCCGCGGGCCCGUCCCGUAGUUCAAACCUGCGCCGAGCCGGAAGCGUCAAAGACCUGAUUAGUAGAUUCUCAGACGACGUCUAUCCCAGCGGCGCCGCUGCCUUCGGAGGAGGACGAACCCCGAACUCCGCUUGUGCCCCCGAGCCUCCGAAGUCCAAGUCGCCUGCGUCCGCGCCGAGCGGCGUCGGGCCGGACGGGCGUCCAGUUCCCCGCAUCGCCGUGACUCCUCCGCUCGCAGGAACCGCUCGGAGCGAGGCCCAGAGGGCAGAUCGGACGAGCGCGAGGAGCGAUGGUCCAGCAGGGGGCGGGAGUGAGACCGAUUCAAGCAAAACGCAAACCGCCGACUCUGGUAGCGAUUCGGUGACGGACUCUGGAGUGGGAUCGGAAACUGAAUUGGAGUCGAACAAGCAGCCCGACAGCCCGUCGGAGGACGAGCCCACCACGCCCAGAGCGGUGCCGCCCAGCCAGAACCCCAAGUAUCAGCUGUUCCUCAACAACGACCUGAUCAAGACCAACGGGCUGAGCGGCAGGGACGGCGGCGGCGGGUCGGCCACGGAGAACGGGCCCAGGUUGGCCCCAUGGGAGAGCAACCGGCUGGGGAUGAACCACUACCGAGGGUCCCUGGAGUCCCUGGCCUCGCGGGAGUGGGACACGAUGCCCGACAGGUUAUUGAACCGCGACGUCUUUUGGACCAAACACAUAUUUAAGGUGGGGAUUGUCGACAGCCCCCCCAGAGUGUUCAACAGUCCGUACGCCACGACCGCCUCCAUGGAUUAUAAUCCCAUGUAUCGAAUGUCGGAGUUCAAGGGUCUGUCUCCCGCCACCUCGGACAUGAACCUGUUCAGCUACAACAGUCGCAGUACGAGUCCCGUGGGCCUCCCCACGCCCACCCUCACCACACAACGCCCCCGCUUCUCCACCUUCGAAACUCUGAGGAGGAGGAACGAGGUCAACAACCCGCAGGUGGUUCCCUCCUCACACUACAGUCUGCGCUCCAACACUCUGGGAGCGCCCAACAGGAAGGACUACAUCGAGGAGCUGACCAAGCAGAUGGACGCCUGUCAGAAGCGAAACCAGUUCCUGGAGGCCGAGAGUGUGGAGAUGGAGAAGGAGAGGAACCAGAUCAGGUUCGAGAUGCGCAGCCUGCUGGUGAACAACGAGGACCUGCUGCGCACCAACACCCAGCUGACCAAUGAGAUGAAGAGGAUGAGGGAGCAGAUGGUGGAGAUGGAGCGAGAGAGCCAGACGAUGAGCGAGAAGUUCAGGGAGAUGGAGAUCGAGGUGCGGGAGGCGCGGGAGGUGAUGGUGGAGGCCAACACUCAGGAGUACGCCUUCAACUUCCUGCAGCAGUCCCUGAAGAACAGGAUCCAGGACGCGGAGGAGAACCUGGACAAGCAGACGCUCCACGCCCAGACUCUGGCGGAGAAGCUGUGGCUGGCGGAGAGACAACUGGAGGACCUGGAGGUCGACAAGGAAACCAAAGACAAGAAGACGUCUGAGCUCAACAGCACCCUCCUCAGGCUGGAGUCGGAGCUCGGCGACGCCCUGCUGGUGUCGACGCAGGCGGCCACGGAGCUGAACCUGCAGCAGAAGCUGCGUGAGGACGCGGCGCUGCGGGUGGAUGAGCUGGAGGAGUCGCUGCUGGAGAAGGACCAGGAGCUGCAGAGGCUGCGGAGCCUCGUCGGCAGGCUGCAGGGAGAGGUGUCCGGCAAGCUGAUCGACAAGGAGCGCACGCUGGAGGAGGAGAUCCAGCUGCGGGAGCGGAUCCAGCUGCAGUGCAAGCAGGCGGAGAGGGCGGUGGACGACCUGCACAUGGAGCUGCAGAGCACCAACCAGGCCCGGGACGACCUGAGCAAACAGCUCAAACAGGCCCAGGAGAAGUUGAUCGACCUGGAGAGCGACCUGGAGGAGCUGCAGGACAGCGAGCAGAGAUGGGCGGCCAAACACAAGAGAGCCAUCGAACAGACGGAGCAGCUGCAGCUGAAGGUGAUUCAGGAGAAAGAUCUGAACGACCAGCUGGAGAUGGACAAGACCGUCAUGGACAGACAGCUGCGGGAGCUGCGUCUGGAGGUGGACGAGCUGCAGAGCUCCAGGGUCCAGGAGGACGUGGUCUCGCGGGCGGAGAGUCGAGCCAAGGAGCUGGAGAGUCUGCUGCGGACCGAGGAGAGGAACAAGGCCGUUCUGACGAACGCCAUCGGCAAACUGGAGAGAAGGAUCAACGAGCUGACCGACCAGAUGGAGGAGGAGCAUCGGCUCUCUAACGAACAGAAAGACCUGAUGACCCAGCGGAUGCGCUCCCUGAAGCGCCAGCUGAACGAGGUGGAGGAGGAGGCGAGCAGGAAGGAGGCGCUGCACCGCCACACCCAGCGGGAGCUGGCCGAGGAGCGGGAGUCCAGCGGGCGGCUGCAGCGGCAGCUGCUGGAACAGCACCAGCAGACCAAGCGUAAGGAGACGCUGACCAUCCGUCAGACUCUGGACAACCUGAGGUUGGACCUGAGCGUCGACGACGAGGACGACGAGCCGCCGCAACAGACAGAGACCGUCACCAAAGUGUGAACCGCCGCAAGAGUGUAGAUAUAUACAUUCAUAUAUAUAUAUAUAUAUAUAUAUGUUUCAUUUCUUAAAAGCAGAAAAACAACUUCAUCUUUACACCGACAGCGAAGUGAGGGUGUGUUUUUUAUUAAACCUGUCCACCACAGGAUGCCCAGAUAAAUACAUAAACAUAAAUAAAUAAGACGCCUCAACUUUCCAGUUAAUUAACAUUUGAUCUAAUUUCUUAAUGAUUUCCAAAGGAAAUUGGUUUCACAAAUCGUUAAAACAGACGAAACAUUUUGAGAUUAUAGCUGCACAUUAAUAAGUAGUUUUUUUAAUUUCCGGAGGGAUUUCCCUGAGAGUAAACAUAAAUUGAUCAUGUGUUUAUUACUGAUUCUCCAUAUUUGUAGAAUUAUAGACAAUGUCGUUUAACAUACUCCCAAAGCACCAACCCCCAGAAAAAAGAUCAGUAAAAUCAAUAUUUCUUUUCCUGCAAACGUUCGAAGAUUUUUAUUUCCGGAAAAUAAGUAUCUUUCUAAUUUGUCGCCCUCUCCUGGUGAUCAGCAGGAAUUGCAACAUUUAAUUUUUUAUAUUUACAUUAAAAAUAGUGAGUAAAGUAGUAAAAAUAGUUCUAAAAAUCAGAAAGAGAAGCGAGUGGUGGACUCACAGCUUCACUGUCACGUAGCGGACGUGAACUUUUGACAAUAAUGAGAUGUUAGAAUCAUACAUGAACAGGUGCGAUGUGCAUUUUAAACAGAGUCAAUUCUGAACGGACACUUUUAAUUUUUAGCGCGACUCAAAGAAUCAACGUUUUUUUUGGGGGGGUCAAUUGAAAAAAGAAACUCCGCGUUUUGUUUCUCUUUGUUGGAUCUUUGCCCAUGGUUCUGUCAUAAGGAGAUAUUUCAUAUUAAAGUGUUUCGUUAAACAAGGUAUACCAGAUUCUUCCGCAGUAUUUGAACGUAUCCCACGCUGGCUGUAUUACACAUUACAGGGUAAUGACAUGGAAUAACUGCAGGGGGAAGUGGAUCUUUGGCUCACGUGAUUGUUUUUGAUUCACACGCAGAAACAAUUAAGAGAUUAUUUAUAUAUGAUAUUGAAUUCUUUUUUGUUUUUUUUGGUAAUUUUUUUAUGAUUUUAUGAUAUUUUCUGUAUUUGCAGUCGCUUGCGGGGCCAAAAGGAAAUUCAAGAAACUGAUGAUUUUAGAGUCAAGUUUCAGUUAUUUUUAAGGGUUUUGCUGUCGUGACGUGACUCACUGUACCUCCGUCAUACGGCGUCGCUCCGUGGGAGGAGAUGUCCAGAGAUAUGAUUUUAAGUUGAAAUCAAGAGUGAAAAAAACAAAGAAGACAAUCUCACACUUGUCAUUAAUGUGCGUUUCUGGAGUUUGUUGUUUUUAAUCCAAACAUCGAGAAGAAAAGCAAAAUAAAAGACAUUUAGUAACUAAAAAGUGCAACAACUGAGAUAAAUCACUGUCUUUAUAAAAACAUGUUUUAGUUCUCACGUCUGGCGCUGCAUGUUCUUUAUACCUGCUUGAAAACAUACAGAUAAUAUUCAGAUUCUCUUUGGAUUCUUAUGUUUACACACGUUGAUGUAUUUUCUUUUAGUUUUAUGGAAAGAGGACCAUAAAUCAGGAUUUUCAUAUUUCAGCUGUUGGGGGAAAUAAUUACUACACGAUGUCGCUAGUAUUUGUUUGUUUUUUUGGACGUUGUUGUUGUUGUUUUGAGAAAGCGGCAGUGAUGUAAAAAAGAAAAAUGAAAAUGAAAAUAUUUUUGUAACUUUACACUUCUCACUCUACUGGUUCUACUGUUCCUGGGUAUUUAUUUUUUUGUGUUUCAUAUUCUCUCUUCUGGUGAGAGGUUUCUUUAAUACAACAUGCAAAUAAAUUCCUUCUCCACUGUGAA